UUAGUGGACCUGUUGCAGAAAUCCGUCGUCGCGCCUGCAUCCACACACACCACCCACACACCACACACACACACACACACAUGGCGUUGGAUGACCUCCAGGAAGCAUAAUUGCAUACCGUGGUGCUGCUGCUGCUCUUGAUGUCCGUAUUCGCCGGUGAGGUGCAUCUCCCCGCUGGAUGGCGGCGAGUGCGGCCUCCCGCACGGCGAGUGCGGCCUCCUGCAUGGUGAGGGAGCUCGUUAUCAUGCCCUUCAGAUCUACCACCCUGCUCGAUGAGUGACAGCGCCGUAACUGAACGCACAAUGCAAUGCAGGCGGCAAACCAUGCAGGGCAUUUGUGGGUGCUGUAGGUGGCACAUGUACGUGCGGGCCUCAUCCAUCUGCCUCUCACGCACGUAAGUACCUUCGCUGGCCUGGAUCUCCUGAGCGCGGCCGAGAAACGACGCACCUGCACACAGAGGAAGCCAGAGAAACAUGCCAUCCAUGGAUCAUUCCCGUUCGUGAUAGAUCUCGCCGCUCCAUGGACCAUGCACGUCAACGCCGCAGUCCUUCCCCUCCUCGCAGUCGGGGCCAUACUAUAGUAGCUCCCCUCGCCCACCCACAUCUCUGUGGGCACACAUCAGUCAUGCGGCCAUCCAUAUGCACAAAAGAGGACCAAACUCACGCAGUAUGGGCAGAUCUGUCAUGGUGGAUGGUCGGUUCGGCGCCUGUUUGUCCCCCCUUUGCUCACGUCGGUCAGAGUUGCGCUGGGCUGUCACAGCGGCCAGGCCGACCACCAGGAUGACGAGGCUGAAACAACGCGUCAUCAUCAUCGCGCCAGCAAAUCGCAGACGAUGUGCUCACUCGGCGACUAAGAGGUCUAAGAGAUCUCCUUAUCGGGAGAGAUUAAAGGGAGGCGUGCCCAUGCCAGGGACGUGGACAAACAUUCACGUCAUACGCCGGACCUGCGUAUGACGAGAAUGUAAUCACCCAAUAUACAGAUACAAUCGUCAC